AUGCCCCCAAAGGAGUCCGGACAGCCCCGUCGAGCACCAUUCGUCUUUCCUCGAUCGAGGAGUGAGAGGGCGGCCGAAGCUGCUCGUCCUAUCCCGGCACAACCGGUGCGAACAGUCCCGGCUUCCCAGCCCCGUCCUGUGCAAGGAGCAACCAGGACGGAACAGGCCGCUCAGGGGCCAACUGUUCGCCCCAAGCGGAAGGCUCCGGCCCAGAGGUCGAAGAAGAGGAAGCAGAUUCAGCCCGAAGAGUCGGAGACUGAAUCUGAGGGAGAGCCUCUGAGGUCGCGCCAGGGAUCCCGGAGGUCGGGCAAGGAGCUCGCGAGCGAGGCGGUUUCCGGUGACAAGGCGAAGGACGCGCCUGUUCUAGACUCAUUGGGGAGUCUGCCCGAGUACCUGCAGCCGAUUGUCUAUGGCCUGCUCGAGUGCGAGCUAUCGGAGUCCUNUAAGAGAUUGCUCAUGGAUAGACAAGAUGCUUUGGAGCUCAAACUUACUUGGGAAGAGGCACAGGAUAUGCUUCGCUCACCACCCAGUGUCAUGCCCAGCAUUAUCACAAUCGAAGACCAUGUUUUUGAAGAAUAUGAAGAUCCUCCAGUUUUCGGGAAGAGGAGCAUUUUUGUAGUUCGUACAAAUGGGGGACAAGAGCGAUGGACUCAGUGUGAUGGUUGUUCUAAAUGGCGAAGGUUGCCAGUUGAUGUUCUUCUUCCACCUAAAUGGACCUGUAUAGAUAACAAAUGGGAUCCGACUAGGUGUUCAUGUUCGGCACCAGAUGAACUGACUCCCGGGGAACUGGAAAACCUCCUCAGACUAAACAAGGAUUUCAAAAAACGGCGACUGGCAACAAGUCAGAGGCCAAACCAAGAGAGUGAACCUUCUGGUCUGGAUGCAUUGUCCAACGUGGCAAUACUUGGAGACAACAUGGGUGACCCAGGCACUGCAUCAGUCGCAACGACAACUAAACACCCAAGGCAUCGUCCUGGCUGUUCAUGUAUUGUAUGCAUUCAGCCCCCUAGUGGGAAGGGCAAGCACAAGCCUACAUGCACAUGUAAUGUGUGUAUGACAGUUAAACGUCGAUUUAAAACCCUCAUGAUGCGCAAGAAGAAACGCCAAUCUGAGCGUGAAGCAGAGGUUGCGCAGAGAAAUCAACCAACUUGGGCUCCCAAAGAGGAAGCCGAAGCCGAAGCCGAAGUAGACAGCAAUUCUAAGCAUGCAUCACCACACCUGGAUCCUUCAGAGAACGAAGCCAGGUCUGCAAAUGAAUUAGAAUCCAAGAGCCAAAGUAACAAUCUUCCCAACAAAGCGGCCGAAGCUGGUAAGGGACAGAUUGACUUGAACUGCCAUCCCGAUCGAGAAGACGCACAAGCCGGGUCGAACCGCCUGAGCAUGAUGAAACUUCUUCAAGUGGCAACCCUUCCUUUGGAGAAUUAUUUAAAGCAAAAUGGUCUUACAAGCUUGAUGGCUGAACAACAAACAAGUUCAACAUCACAGGCUCCACCCCAAACUGCUGGGGAGAGCGAGGGACGGGUCAAUGAGUUAGCUUCUGCCACUCAAGAGCGAGAGAGUGGGGGAGAAGAAGAUAAUAGUGGAUCUGGACCAGAUCAAAUCCCAAAUGAUCCUCAAUAGAAAUUUCCUCAUCAUUUAUUUAUUCUAUUUUUAGAGCUUUUU